AUGUUUCUGGCUGACCCGAUGGUUGUAGACUCUGAUAUGCAUACUUUGGAGACAUCUAUCAUGCGUUCAUUGUGCGACCAGAUCUUUAUGUCACCCAUUCACUGGACGCUUGCCACUGGUUUCCCUGAGACCGCGACACACAUCAUCGACUUUGGUCCUGGUGGCCUGAAUGGCAUUGGGCCUCUCACAGCUCAUAAUCUUGAAGGUCAUGGUGUGCAUGUUGUCACGCUAGGUGAUACUGUCUGCAUUCCCAGCACUGAGAAAGCAGCAGAGAUCAUUGAUUCAGAUGGAUUGAGGAAGGCUGGUAUCCGAUUGCCUGUGCCAAACCCUUCGCCUGUCAUCACAUCUGCUAGUCGCUAUGCAAGCAAGGGUGCCGAAGAACUUUGUCUUGUGACAGAGGUAUAUUCACUUCUACUGGAUCACCUCCAUCGUUUCGUACCUACUUCUCAUUUUCAAUCAUUGCUAGAGCAGCAUCUUCAAGGUGGAUGCUCCAGUGAGAUCGGCAAACUACGCUUGAUGGCAGGGCGUAUCUUUGGUCUGGAUUUGUCAUACUUCGACCUGAGUUUCAUGAAGCAGGAUACCAUUCCUGAGAUCCAGAAGAUGCUUGGAUCAGGUACUGCUGGUGGUCGCUCCUCACUGUCGAAGUUUCCGUGCAUCCUUUUCACAAAUCAAGAGAUGGACCCCACAAUGUCCACAGUUUUUGGUAACUGGGAACCACUUGCGAAGUUGAUCUUCAUCCUUUCUCCUGACACUUCAUUCACAAAAGCUGGAGUUGGUGCAAAGUCUUGGCUACCAUAUGCUGCCAUGUUUACGGCCUACAAGCAGCUGUGGGUCACCCUUUGGGAUCAGCCUCGUAUUUGUGCAAUCCGCAAAAAGAUCGACACCCACGUCUGGCAAUCAUCCUCAACUUCCAAUGUCACAAUGUCCAAUGCCAAAGGUGAAGAUUUUACCUCUGAUCUGAUGUGUUUGGCCAUCGCAAAUGCAGGGCAGAAGGAAUCCAACGACUUUCCUGGACCAACAACUACCAAUGACAAUCCUGUCAAUGACAUUCCUGGAUCGGUCGCCCCCAUCACACCCACAAUCACUCCUUCAGCACCGGUCGUUGUUCCUUCAACACCAGUUGUUAUUCCCUCAGCACCAGCCAUCCUGGUGCUUGCCCCUGCAAAUACUACCACUGCUCUCAAUUCUGCAACCCUCUUGCCAGCUAUUCCAGCCCCUGGGCCACCCAUGGUGUCUGCAGGCGCGGCUGCUGCCACUGCAGCCUCUGAAGUCCCUGGACCUCCAGCGACCACUGUUGAUUCAGAAGUUCCUGUAGUACCCAAUGAUGUACUGGUGGUAGCGGCAGCCCCAUCUUCUGGUCAUCGGGGCUGA